CGAGGGGUCUCAAACGCCCCAGUUGCGCAUUCACCGUAUAGCCUACGAUUACGCUUGGGAAGAAAACCAGAAUUCGAUAUAGGCCUAGCCUACAGUCAUCAACUGUGGCAGUCACGACAAUUACAGAUUGUGUUGCCUAUGAGGUUAAUCUCCCACUAUGAUGCCAUCAACGCAAGAGGGGAGUUCACAGUUGUACCGCAUCUUUCGCCAGUAUGACCCAGAGGCUGCUGCAGUGGUGUCAGUCGUUCUUGGGCUACUUCAGGUUCUUCUGGCAGCACCAAUUUACUUCAUGAUAUUCAAGCCUUUCCUCUAUGUGGUCCCUUUGAUAAUUGGAAUAUUGUUUGUAACAGGAGGAUCAUUUGCUUUUGCUUGCUCUAAAUAUCCUGACAGACGAUUGCUAAAAAGAUGUGCCUACAGUAACAUGGCUUGUCUACUGGGCGCCCUGGUUGCUGUCUGUGUCUACAUUGUGGUCCUUUGCAGUGAACUGCCUCAGUUGUGUUUAAAUGUUGAUGAACAUGAUGGCAAGUGGGGACUAGAAAGAACUAUAUGUGAAGAACAACUUCCAAGACUGCACCGAUUAUUCCAUGGAAUUCUUGGCUCACUCUUGGUAUACAACAUUGCAGCCAUGAUUCUUCACUCACUUCUGUCAUAUUCUGCAGUAAAAGGUCUAAAAAUAGACUGAAAAUGGACUGCCUGAAAAUCUCUCUCACUCUCUCUGUCCCUCACACACACACACACUUACUCACUCACUCACACUUCAACUGAAUAUGUUGUAGUGUCAUUGUAUUCUUAAUAAAGGUAAAUGUGUGGACCUGC